CAAGUCGGGGUAGGUAAAGACUCAGUUUCAGUGCUCCAGAUUUGGUAUUCGUUAAUCGAGGGACCCAUAGUGAUACUUGAGAUUUAUACUAUUGCUAUAUACUUUUCAUCAUCGUAAAAGAUUGGUCAGCUUCAUUUAUCUUCCUUUUAUUCUCACCAAUCAAAGUCUUCUGAGACCCAAUGGGCUCAUUCGACGGGUUAAAGUCUUAAAGACUUUUUCAUAUAUUUAUUGUGAUGAAAUAUUGUUGUCUCUGAAGCAAGAGAAAGAUCGAAAUGGUUUCGAAUACGAUUGAUUUGAUUCAGGAAGAGCUUCCCGUUAAGCAAGAACCAUUUAUCAUAUCUGGGGAUGUUAAGACUGGUCUUGUCCUUGUCGAUCUCGUCAAUGGCUUCUGUACCGUCGGAGCGGGAAAUAUGGCGCCGAGAUUCCCCGAUAAGCAGAUCGCUGAAAUGGUGGAUGAGUCAGCGAGACUCGCCAGAGCCUUCUGCGAGAGAAAAUGGCCUGUUUAUGGUUUUUUGGACUCGCAUGAUCCCAACGUUCCUGAACAUCCUUACCCUCCUCAUUGCUUUGCCGGAACCCACGAAUCUAAACUAGUUCCAGCUUUACAAUGGUUAGAGAAUGAAUCUAAUGUCACGCUUAGAUGCAAAGAUUGUAUUGAUGGAUUUCUUGGCUCAAUUGAAAAGGAUGGCUCCAAUGUGUUCAUCGAUUGGGUUAAGAAUAAUCAGAUUAAAGCGAUUUUGGUGGUGGGGAUAUGUACAGAUAUAUGUGUACUAGAUUUUGUAUGUUCCACACUGUCUGCAAGAAAUCGUCAUCACCUUCCUCCCCUUGAGGAUGUGAUUGUGUAUUCUCGUGGUUGUGCCACUUAUGAUAUCCCAGUUCAUGUGGCAAGAACAUCCAAGGAUCUAAUAGCUCAUCCUCAGAAUCUAAUGCAUCACAUAGGCCUUUACAUCGCCCAAGGAAGAGGAGCAAAGGUGGUGUCAGAAGUUUUAUUUGAUGACAAAGAAAAUAACCGUGAAGAAAAUGUCAUUUCUCAUUAUUAAAAAACAAUGUAUUUGUACUUUGUUUUCUCCUUUCUUAUACGGUGAGUUGUCUUUUACUUUUAUAAAUAAAGAAAGGCAUCUUAUAGAUGUCUUUAUUGAGGGCAGAAUUUCUUCCAAGACGUCGAGUAAGAAUGACUGUACCUCUGUGAUAUCAAUAAUCAUGUCGUGUAGAUUUAUUUUGAUGUGAAUUUUAAGUAGAUGCUAAAUUUGAUCCUCUA